UUAACAUGGAACGUUGGCAAAAUAAAGUGGCUGUCAUUACUGGCGCUAGUUCUGGCAUAGGGGCAGCUAUAGCCAAGGAAUUUGUUAUGGCCGGUUUAAAAGUGGUUGGGCUAGCUCGACGCACACACUUGAUUGAGGAAAUGAAAAAUAGUCUUCCCUUGGAUAAACGUUCCCAGCUAAUCGCCAUCUAUUGUGAUCUUUCCAAACCAGAGUCUAUAGAUAAAGCAUUCGAUGCGAUCAUUUCACAAUGUGGUGGCAUUGAUGUUUUGGUUAAUAAUGCCAUUUGCUUUAAGGUUAGUCUAGCGGUCAACAUGCCCUGUAAUGAUCUACAAGAGUUGGUGCAAACCAAUUUUAUGGCUAUCGUCCAUUGUACACAAAAAGCCUUCAAAUCGAUGAAGGAGCGCAAUUUCAAUGGGCAUGUUAUAAUGAUAAACAGCAUAGGCGGUUAUGCAGUUUUAGACAGAGCACUUUUUCAAAUGCCUUGCUCCAAUAUCUACUCGCCUUGUAAGUUCGCUUUGAGAGCUUUAACAGAACUGUACAGGCAGGAAUUCCAUGGCUUGGGUACAAAAAUCAAAAUCUCGAGCAUAAGCCCUGGAUGUGUAAAUACCGAAUCCUUGAAUGAGGAUUAUCGUCAGGCCUUGGAACACUGUAUGCUACAACCCCAUGAUGUGUCGAAAGCCGUUUUGUUUAUGCUCUCCACACCUCCACAUCUUCAAAUACAUGACAUGAUUAUAAAGCCACUUGGGGAGAAAGUUUAAGAAGUGCAUCGUGUACUGACUAUGUCCUUAUUACUGUAAGAAAAAAUCACAAAUAAACAAGUUAACCAGUUAGGAUUGGCAAAAGUCGGGCG